AUGAAGGGACUCAAGCUACGCCAACAGUCGAUACCCGAGUCACUACUUCAGUACGAGCACCUGCGCGAUAUACCCACUAGUGAGGUAUGUUACGAACGAGCGCGCGCGGGACUGCUCGUCGGGACCGACCAUUGGGAAUAUAUAGUAUUAAGAGAGCUGCGCACAGGCGGCCCCAAUGAACCCGCCGCCUCGAAAACACGACUUGGCUGGGUGGUGCAUGGAACGGCACCUCAACGAGCGCUUAUCGAAAGGAACAACGUGCUACAUAUUCACGUCAACCGGGAGCGACGUGAUCAACAGCUGCACGACGCGGUGGACGAACACUUCAAAAUUGAAGCUUUAUGCGUCGCGAACAAGCCCCGCGUUAAUGACAACGACAAGCGAGCCAUGUCAACGUUACAACAAACAAUAAAGAAGACCGAGAGCGGAUACGAAGUCGGCUUGCCAUGGAAGCGUGAGGGCGUAACCAUGCCCCUCAGCUACAAUACCGCUCUGCAUCGGCUUCACGGAAUAGAAAAGAGGAUGGAUGGCGCACCGGAGUUCGCCGCAGAAUAUACGCGACAAAUAAACAACUUGCUUCAAAAGAAAUACGCAGUGCCUUGCGACGGUACAGAGUCCGAGAGCGCCGUGUGUUGGUAUUUGCCGCACUUCGCCGUCAGCAACCCGAACAAGCCAGGCAAACAGAGACUUGUGUUCGACUCAGCGGCACAAAGUCAUGGUAUAUGUCUCAACGACGAAUUAUUAGAGGGGCCCGACCUACUGUUGCCCCUACCGGGAAUACUAUUCCGGUUUAGAGAAAGAGCCGUGGCGGUGACAGCGGACAUAAAAGAAAUGUUCCUACAAAUUAAAAUACGCGCCGAAGAUCAGCCUGCACAACAGUUUCUGUGGCGCGGGAACGAACGCAACUCCCCGCCGCAACAUUAUAAGAUGACUUCAAUGAUCUUCGGUGCGGCGAGCUCACCGUUUAUGGCGCAUUACGUACGCAAUCACAAUGCGCAAAUGCACGCCGAUGAAUACCCGAUGGCAUUGGAGGCCAUCACCAACGGCCAUUACAUGGAUGAUAUGGUCGUUAGCUAUAACAGCGUGGAGGAAGCACGUCGAGCCAUUAAAGAAACGCAGAUAGUGCAUGCGGCAGCGGGCUUCACGUUACGCGAAUGGAGCGCAAGCAACGAGCACGUGUUGAAAGACAUACCGAGGGAACUACGCGCCACAACGCCGACCCAGCUGGGGGGUGCACAGCAGACUCCAAAAAUAUUGGGCCUCAUGUGGGACGCUGAACGUGACGAACUGGGUUUCAACACAUCAAUGAACCGAGUGCCGGCCGAGGUGCGAGAACGAGAGCGCCCGCCGACGAAGAGGGAAGCGCUCAGCGCGGUCAUGUCUAUCUACGACCCGCUGGGACUCUUGAGCCACUACACCAUUCGCGCAAAGAUUAUUCUACAAAGUCUUUGGCGUUUACAACUAUCGUGGGAUGAAGCGAUACCCAACGAAGAGAGUGAAUUGUUCACGGAAUGGCUGGCGCAACUGCAACAAGUGGGACAGCUGCGUCUACAACGGUGCUACGUGAAAACAAAAGUGCAAAGUGUCGAGCUACACGUGUUCUGCGAUGCUAGCGAGCAGGCGUAUGCUGCGGUGGCAUAUUGGCGCAUGCUACAGGAAGACGGCCACUACAGCGUACCGAUAGUCGCAGCAAAGGCGAAGGUGGCACCACGACGAACACAAACAAUACCGCGCCUCGAAUUACAGGCGGCGGUAAUGGGCGCACGACUCGCGGACACCAUAAAACGCGAGCAUCGAUUCGAAAUCAAGCGCACGAUAUAUUGGACGGAUUCCUCGACCGUGUUGCAUUGGGUGAGGGACGACACGAAGCGGUAUACUCCAUUCGUCGCUCAUAGACUCGGCGAGAUAGCGGAACUCACCACCAAGACCGAAUGGCGGUGGGUGCCCACGCAACAUAAUAUUGCGGACGACGCAACGAGAAUCAAUCACAUUAGCGUCAACCAACAGCGCUGGUUCAACGGGCCUCACUUUUUAUACCAAGCUGAAGAGCUGUGGCCCACAACAAGAGAUGUACAUGAAGACAACGACGUGGACGUAUUCCACGUGAACGAGCAGCCCGAUAAGUACGGCUGGUUACCGGAUCCCGCACGCUUCUCCAAAUACGAAACAUUGGUGCGAACUGUGGCGCGAGUGUUGGCGUUCAUCGACAUGCGAGUAAAGCGCACGGCUGUAAGGAUGGAGUACAGCCAUGUUGAACGCGCCGAACGACUCCUGAUGCAACGCGCGCAGCACGACAGCUUCUGGGAAGACAUCAAGAGGCUAGAAGAUGCGCGAUCCGUCAACAGGGCCAGCAAAUUAUUCAGGCUGGACCCCGUCUUGGAGGACGGGAUCUUAAGAGUGCGAGGACGAAUCAACGCAGCGAACACACCCGCGAGUAUGAAGAGACCGAUCAUACUCGACGGACUCCACAACAGAAGGGACUCAAGCUAUGCCAACAGUCGAUACCCGAGUCACUACUACGAUACGAGCACCUGCGCGAUAUACUCACUAGAGAGGGCGGGGGUGCGCCAGAAGGGGAUUAAAUCCCGCGCACUCGCCCGUGUCAACACCAACACCAACAAAAACACAAACACGACACCGACACAACCCAAGCCGGCCUUCAAACCGGCCCCACCAACCAAACAAAAUGCUUGGGUGAAGCCUCCGUCCAUAGUGACGCAGGCUAUACCCAGCGUGGCGGCGCCGCCCCCAGCAGCCCCGCUCAUCACGAUUCCUGCGGUACCGAAGCCAUCAGCAGAAGUACCGCAACACCAAGACGGCCAGGCACCCUCUUCCAUCUCGGAGGGGCUACAAAAUUUAAAUAUUAUCGUGGGCUUCCUUCGGGCCUUCGAUAUGAAAGAAGAGUCGUAG